AUGCCGGGGGUACUGCCGGUCGUUUCUGCCCUGGUGGUUGCUCUGCAGCUCGCAACAACAGCAGACGCAAGCUUUGAACGCCAUUACCGCAGAGACACAUCCUCGGGUCGUUCUAGCGCGCUGCUGAACAGCACCACAACCCAAAGCGAUGGACUCGGAAGCUUGAUUAUGAACGGGCUUGGAGCCACGAGCUCCUCAGACUCUUCGGCCAGUUCGUCUUUCGCAUCCGUGACAGCUCAAAACGACACGACGUCUGCUGCUUCUCGGACUGGUACUCCUGCAGCGAGUUCUAGUGUCUUGUCGAGCACCACACCGUUCCCUACUUUGAACGGAAAUUCGUCCAUGAAUGGAAAUGUCACAAAUGGGACGUUUGGAACUUUGCCAAGCAGUGGGUCGGGAGCAUCCUACGCCACUGCCUGUUUGUUGGAACACGAAUCGUGGAUUACGUAUGCCAGUCCAUACUACAGCGACUACAGCUUCAUCGAAACGUCGACUGUGACGUUAACAAACUACACGGUGUCGACCCGAACGUCGGCUUGCAACACGUAUGGCUACGGAGAAGUCACCUACAUGGUGGGAGAUCCCAUGCCGGUAGCUACCUGGACGUCUGAGUCGUUGUCCACCGUUUACACGUCCACACUUACGAUCGACGUCAAGCCGCCCGUGUGCAAUGUCACGGCAGCCGACUGCGAGGCGCUGUGGCGAGACUACGAUGCCAACGACGCGGCGAGCAACUACUCGAUGCCCUAUCCAGGAUGGAUUGACGGGUGCGAUGACAAGCCAGAAUGGGGGAAAUGCGGCGCGUGCAGGAUUUCCGCGCCCGAGGUCGAGCUCAUCUACUUCCCUCACAAGAAGAACACGACGAUCGACAUGUGCGCGACUGGCGCCAACAAGACCAUCUGUCCCUUUGGCCCGACGACCGCGCCGUUCACGUCUGCGAAUCCGUACGAUGCGGCGAACUGUGCGUACGGAACGAACACUUCUCAUCCAACGGCUACAGCAGGCCCCUAUACGACAUCGGGCGAGUACACCUUCUUCGAGGGCAACGCAUACCUCUCCUUCCCGGUCGUCUCUGCGGCGUCGACGGGAUGCAACUCGAAGGUCGGCAAGGCCUACUCGAACGUGAUGCUCACCAUCAACUCGCAAGACCUGUACUCGUACCGGGGCUACCACUACUACUUCGUCGACGGCGGGUACCCGUUCAACUUCGACGACAUGGCGACGGUGGCGUCGGCGCCGUGGUACCAGGCCAUGGAGGCGGGCAACGCGUGCGAGUACUACGACAAGGACUACGCGUCGCUGCAGUGGCCCAACUUCGUCAACGGCGAGCAGUGGGCCGGCAAGGACGGCCUGUGCCCCAUCAUCUACCAGUCGGCCUACCGCCCCACGCUGCUGCUGCCGCCCCAGCUGCGCUCGCUCGACCCGGCCUGGAGCACCUGUCUGCUCGACCUCGCGGGGACCUGGGACCCGCCCAUCGCCCUGACGCCCGCCAUGGCCCUCGUGCCGACGACGUCUGCCGCGAACAACGGCCCGGCCACCACAAAGCCGCCUGCCGUCCCGGCGUCGUCGCCCGACUCGCCCGAUCCGACCAACACGGGUGGUAGCAAUCCGGAUCCCACGACCAACAACGGCGGCCAGAGCGGUGGUUCUCCGCCGCAGGAGACCGGUAGCGGAGGUGAUCCGGUUCAGACCAACAACAACCCGCCUGCUACCACCAACGACCCUGGCCUCGGUGGUGUCAUCAGCGCCAUCGUCUCCCAGGCCACUGGAGGUGGACAAGCAUCAGCCCCGAGCAACGACAACAAUAACGACAAUAACAACAACAAUAACAACAACGAUAAUAAUAAUGACAACAACAACGACAACAACAACGGCGACCCAGGCCUCGGCGGCAUCAUCAGCGCCAUCGCCUCCCAAGCCACAGCCGGCACCGGCGGAGGCCAACAAACCGACCCGGCUUCCCCGCCUGCAGGCACGACCGCCGCAGGCGUCGACGGCAGCGGUAGCGGCAGCGGCAGCGGCAGCCAGCCCAACUCAGCGGACCCGAACGAUUCCGGCCCAGCUUCCUCUGCGACCAUCGGCGGCGUCGUCGUCGUCGGCGACCCUGGCAGCAACACUGCAGGAUCGAACAACGGCGGAUCGAACAACAACAACGGCGGCGGUGGCGUCGUCAUCAUCAACACCUCCGCUGAUGGUAGUGGUGGUGGUGGCAGCAACGGCGGCAGCGUGACCCUCGCGCCCGGCGCGACGACGGUGCUGGGCGACGGCACGCCCGUGUCGGUCGGGUCUGGAUUUGUGGUUGCGGGCGGGUCGUCGACGAUUUCGCUCGGUGGUGGUGAUCCGGGCCAGGGCCAGAAUCAGGGACAACAGACGGCCGCGGCUGCGGCUGCGGCUGCUACUGCUCCGCUCUUCACCGUCGGCGGCGCGACGGCGUCGUUCGCGUCGGGUGAUCCGGGGACGCCGGUUUCCGUCGGCAGUGGAGAGACGACAGGCGGCCCGGCGGUGGUCGUGGGGGACGAUGGGGUGGCGGUGUUCACUACGCUGAGCGCUGGUAGUCCGGUUGCGACGCUGGCGGAUGGAGAGGUGGUCAGCUUGGCGCCUGGAGGGGAUGGCGUGGUUGUGGGUGGGAGUUCGACUGUUGAGGUUGGAGGUGCUGCUGCUGCUGCUACGGGAGACGACGACUCGGUUGCGACGGUUACGGCGGGAGGACAGACGUUCACGGCGACGAGCGCGGAUGGCACCGUUUUCGUGGGCGGGACGAGCCUGACCGAGGGGCAGGUUGCGACGCUGCCGGGUGGACAGGCGCAGCGGGAAGACGAGCGCGAGUGCGACGAGGAGUACUAG